CACGUGUACUUGUUGGGCUUCCUGUGGCAAUCGCCAAUACCGUAAGUCAGCGGUAUUUCCAUGACAACCUCUCGUAAAUAAUUCCACAAGACGCCAUUUUGUUCAACACGAAGACAAAAUGUUCUCUUUAUUUCCGAGCGAAACUUCCCAGAAUAAUGUGUCGUUCGGCACGACAAUGGACCGUCCAAUGCUUCCCUUGAAGAUUCCUCCAACCCGUUUUGGAAACGAGAUGUUUUCCGGAGGCAGUCCGCAUAUUGGUCCUGGAAGCUACGAUAAUGCAGAGGUCAGUGCAUUUGUUUAUGAGAUGGAACAGAAACCUGUCUGCAAUAGAGGUUAUUCUCUUGGAGCCAGAACAGCAGAAMGAUUCCCAAAACCUAGUCAUAUGGAUGUUCCUGGGCCACCAACCCAUCAACCCAUCGUCAGUAAACCAGUAGAAUUUGACCCAGACUUUAAACCAUUUCUUGUGGGGUCAACAAGAUUUCCUGAAAUAUCCAAGAGUAAUGUUGUCCAAGAACCUGGGGCAGGUACAUACSAACAUGACAUUCCCACAAACAGGAAGAUGAAGUACCAUGGUUCAUUUGGAGGGCCGCAGACCCUCAUUACGUCAGUCAAAAUAAAAUGCAAUGAUUUUGGAGAGAAAGAUAUUUGCAACACGUGCAAAAAUAAUCCUAUUGGUGAUUAUUAUGAAUACAAGAAGAAACAUUUUUGUCGAAAAUGUUACAACCAACACUUAGAAAGCCAGAAAAAGUAUCCAAAGAGUUAUCUCAUGAAGUUUUAUAAAGUCAGAGAUUGUUCUCUGAUUCAUGACCAUGAAGGAACAAAUGCCAGAUUAAUGCUUAAAUCUGAAAAAGAUAUCAAAAAGCAGCGCUACCGUGAAGCAUACAUGAGUCUUUACUUUUAAAAGUAAAAUCACUUAUUUAAAGAAAAUGUUUUCAAGCUACAGUAACUGAUACUACCUCAAAACAUCAGAGAUGCGUCAGCUGAAAAGUGGAAUUUUAUAUGAAAUACUUUGUAAAUAAUUUUCAUAGAACUGAGUGAAAAAUUAAAGUGUAGAUAAGGGUGACAAGA